AGGGAAGUGUUGAAGACGUACAACGCGGCGAUGGACUGGAUCACCUUGGCUGUGAUCGUCUGGAACUUCGGGGUGGUAGGGAUGAUCUGUAUCCACUGGAAGGGGCCUCUCCGUCUGCAGCAGGCCUACCUCAUCAUGAUCUCUGCUCUCAUGGCUCUGGUCUUCAUCAAGUACCUUCCUGAGUGGACGGCCUGGCUCAUCCUGGCCGUUAUAUCUGUCUAUGAUCUGCUAGCAGUGCUCUGCCCCCAAAGGUCCUCUACGUAUCCUCGUGGAGACAGCCCAGGAGAGGAACAACCCAUCUUCCCUGCUCUCAUCUACCCUGUAAGACGACGUCACACCUCGUACAUCAACACCUCGACCAUGGUGUGGCUGGUCAACAUGGCAGACACUGGCCUCGGACACAGACCAAUGACCAGGAAGAACUCAACAGAGGCCCCCAUCACUCAGCCCCAGGAGGAUGAUGGAGGGUUCACCCCUAACUGGAUGGGGCAUCAGGAGCAUCAGCUGGGACCCCCUUCAGUCCACAGACGAGACCCGUCGGGAGAUUCAACAGCUCCCCUCUGCCCAGACCACCAUGUGGACGAUGAUGACGAGGAGA